UUCCAAGUCGUUCGCGACCAUGCAAGUUACGCUGGCCGUGCACGGGCUGACGUUUCCAGUCGCAUGCGGCGAAGGCAUGCAAAGCAUCAAGUGGCUGGGUCUGGUGGCGGCACAGCGCUACGCCCUCAUGCUUCCCCAUGGUCGAUGCCGAACGCGGGAAGAUGCGCAUUCCAAGAACGGGUUUUACCUCCCCAGUGAAGUCCGAAACUCUGAGGGCGGCUUGUUGAGUCCGUGGUCGCGGAUUGUCGAGUGUGUUCGGGAGAACGAAACCAUUACGAUUGUGCUUCAGCAUGAGGUUCCCGUCGACGACAUCGGCGUGCCGCAGCUGUCGUCGUGGGCCGUGUCGGCAUUCUCCAACGCAAACAACCAGCACGUCGACCACGACAAAAGCACCGCGGCGGACGAAAAGAACGACGUCGAGAGCUUCUCCAAGGGAGACAACCGCAGCAGCGUGUACAGCAACAUCCAGGGAUAUUCGUCGUCGUUCCACGCCAGCCACCUCAAAUCGGGGCAAUUCAUCUCGCAAGACGAGCUCGAGAGCGCAUUUUACCAUGACGUGGCACAGCUCGAGAUUGACGAAUUCCUCAAAGACCCCAAGGACAAAGAAGAUGCCGAGGAUGUCCUCCUCAAGUACUACGACAGUCUCGUCGCGAUCUUUAAGCACUAUGGCCUCGGCUACGGCGAAGACUCCUUCGCAAUGUCCGGCGCUGAGUUCAGCCACUUUGUGCAUGAAACAGCGUUGCUGCACUAUGUCAAGGACGCAUCGCUCCUCGACAAACUGUUUGUCCAGGCGCUGCCCGACAACGAAAAGGUCGCCUUGUCCCGCGUCGGGUUCAUCCAGGCGCUCGUGAGCACAAUUGUCACGUACAACAAAAUGUACGGCGACGACUUGGCCUUCCUGCCGGCGCUGGAGAAGGCGCUAAAGGACGCGGUCAAACCGGCGUGCACUCGUCUCACGACGGGGCCAUUUCGCGACAACUUGCACUCGGACGGGAUGCUGUCGAUGCUCCAAGAGGCAAAACCAAAGCUCGCCAAAGUAUACGACAAAUACGCGUCCGGGAAACAAAACAACGUGGAGGGGCCGAUCCUGAGCGUGUCGGACUUUCGGUCGUUGGUCCAAGACAGCGGCAUCUUUUGCACGGGCGAUAGCGACAAGCACGAGGCGCUGUUUAACCAGGCGAUCAACCAGUGCUUCACUGGCAUGAGUGAGAUUAAGGACGGCGAGAAGCAGUUUGUCGUGUUCGUCGAGUUUAUCGAAGUCAUUUGCCGGCUGUCGCUUGCGAUCUGGGCCGACAAGGACGUGUCGGCCAAGGAAACGAUCCGCAUCGGCCUCGACGCUGUCCGCGCACUGUCCAAGACAGUCAAGUAGUGACGCGACGACAAGCGGAAUAAGGGACAUCAAUGCAAUGAGAAUAAGUUUAACCAUCGACCGUGGGGAGGACGACGUCGAGGUGGAGAGAUUGGGACGUCCGCCUCAUGCAAAUGCUGCUCGGGACGGCUCGUUCAUGCACGUGCGGACAACCAUGUGCCACACGCGGAGCAACUCGAUCGCGUCGAAUCGAAGCACCAUCGGGGGCUGCGUCUCAAAUCGGACCUCCAUCGCGCCGUCGUGCACCGCGGCGCUCACACCCGUAACCACGUCGUACACUUCGGGAACGAUGUCAAUGUUUGGGGCCAUGCUAAACGUCAAGUGGCGCAGGACGUAGAAGUACCGCCCGAUGACCUUUCCCUUCGAAUCGAGCUGGGAAAGCCAGGCAGACAGAAUGGUUGGAGUCUGUCGCUUCGCGCAGCUCUUCAGGUACCGGUCGACACCGUAUGAGAGACGGGCCAUGCAGUCUUCGACGGCGGAAAACCACGCGUUUGCCACGUCCGGCGAGAUGCAUCGAGUCUUCCAUACCUUUUUCGACUUCAUGUGAAACUCAAGGAACGUUGGCUUGCCUGGAGACAACGAUGCGAGAGAGACCAAAGGAGCUCGAUGGCAUACCUCUGGACGCUGCAACGAAGGCGAUCGUGUCACUGCGACUAGCGGCCAUCCCUUCGUGGUCUGCGACGGAAAGCUCAAUGCCUUGGAGGGUGAAGAAGCACGUUUUCCACGUCCCAAAGAAACCUGUUUGGAUCGUCAUGUACCCGGCAAAGUUUUUGUGGAACGCGCCAUGGGUGCAGCUUUGCUUGAAGUCGUUCUGGUUUGCCGAGAGGAGGCGGGUGGUGCUCAUACUCGCCAAGGACGAUUGCCGUCGCGACACCUUCUUGGCCAUUUCUCGACGUCGCUCGGACGGCGCGGCCAUUCCGUUGACGACGUUCAUGGCGAUGCCUAUCAACGGAAUCUCG